GCAUCACCGUAUCUGCAACAUUAUGUCAUCACAAGGCAGUAUUCGGGUUCUCACACCGGUAACUGGAGCACGGUGCAAGUUUAGCCUUUAUCAUAAGAGGUCCGACAACGAACGACUUUAAGACUUUUUUCUUAAAUGCACACGAAAGCGUGUGUAUUUUAGAGCAACACGAAUGCAGUAUGAUGUAGUCCGGGUACCGCUUCGAGUCACUUCCUUGUCCUGCGGAGAGGAGAAAGCAGUGACGUCGGUGGACCGGUCUGCGCUCUGCAAGGCGGCUGUAACGUUACCGCCGCAGAGAGAAACGACCCACGCCGGCGCGCGAACACCGACGUCUCGCGCGUGCCGAGAUGUUUUGCCGUGGACCCCGACGAUAGGCUGGCGGUUACUAGGCGACGCUCGACCGGGAGACAGCCGUUAACAGCUGCCGCACUAUCGGUGCACCGGUGACCAUGUCCUUGGUGAAGAAUGACGAGGAGCAGCGAUGGGUGCCGACCCACGUGCAGGUAACUGUGCUACGGGCCCGAGGGCUGCGCGCGAAGGGUAAACACGGCACCAGCGACGUUUACACCAUCAUCCAGCUGGGCAAAGAGAAAUACUCCACCUGUGUGAUGGAGAAGACCACGGACCCGGAAUGGGGCGAGGAGUGCUCUUUCGAGCUGCAGCCGGGGGUCCUGGAGGGGGGAGGGCGAGACGCGAUCCCACCCGGUGCUGGCGACCUGACCCUCACCGUGAUGCACCGAGCUCUCAUAGGACUGGAUGUGUUUCUGGGCCAGGCUGUCAUACCUCUGGAUGAAGCAUUUCAGGAACGGAAAUACAUGAGAAAUGAGUGGUACCGGCUGCAUUCUAAAACUGGCAAAAAGGAGAAAGAACGAGGGGAGCUUCAGUUGACCGUACAGUUCACUCGGCACAACCUGACGGCCAGCAUGUACGACCUUUCCAUGAAAGACAAACCUCGUUCUGCUUUCGAUAAGCUCAGAGAACGCAUGAGAGCUAAGAAGCGCUCUAUCGAAGAAGAUUCCUCUUCUGCCAUUGUCUCUGGUGGAUACGGAGCACUGGCACACAUGCGGGGGCGCCUGCCGAGUGAUGGGGGCGGUGAGGAAGACUAUGAGGAUGAUGAAGGAGGGGAGGCCCGCAGGAGUAAGAUGAGAAGUUUUUUCCUGCGUGGGAGGUUAAGGAAGUCUUCAGACACGCGUUCAAGCACGUCACUGGGCUCCGAGAGCAGCGAGUCUUCAUCGCGGGGCGGCAGCCUCAGCCCGACAGCAGGUAUCAGUGUGGUGGUCUCAGAUCUGUCCAACUCUCCGAGUAACAGCAGCAACCUGACUACAGACAACAGUCCAGAACACACAGUGGCUCCCUCACCACAGGUGUCUCCUGUCAGACAUGUGAUGUUUGACAUCAACUUACCAGUGCCUCAUUCUGUGACGUCAGAGAACGACACCCCUAUUCUGCUUCCUUCAGUCUGGGUGAAUGGGAAUCCAGUUGAAACGUCUCCUCUUACUCACCACCCACCAUCACUCGUACUUCAGCAAGCUCAACCAGAGUCAAGCAAACCAGUAACUCAGUCAGGUCAAUCACAGGCAACCACGCUGCCAGCCAAGCCUCAGACAACCCAGCUCCCAAAGUCCCAGUCAAAGCCAAGGCCCGAGCCCCUGCUCCCAGCCCUGGGGGUGCUUCAGAAGGGCUCUCUCUCCCUCUCGCUGCAGAACCUCUCUCACCGUGGGGAAGACAAGCAGGGCGGCAGCCCUGUGGACGGCCGUCGCUGGUCCUUCGAUAAACCUGGAGAGGAAGAAAAAGCAGCCAUUGUAGCAGCAUUAGAGCAAGCUGGAAGACUUACAGAUGAGGUUGAGCUGGAAACAGUGAUACCUGCUGGAGAGACAGAGACUCAGAGCAAGAAAAGGAGGGGCCUGUUCUUACAUGGGAAAGGUGAUUCGGCUGGGAAAGGACCAAUCGUGAGCAAAGAGGAAGCAGAACGUGCUCAACCACUUAUAGAAGUCAAACAUAAAGGAUGGUUCAGCUCCAAGGACUCACACAGUAAACCCAGCCCGCUGGUGUCUCCUCAGUCAGACUCAAGUGCCAGUACAAUCUGUCCCAUUGUACCCUUGACCUUUAAUGACCCUUCACAGAGUAUGGCUGACAAAAACUCUAAUCACUUCACUUCUCCCACACCCCUUUUUGACGCCAAUCCGUUCCUCCCACACACACAGCAGAAUCCAUUCAUUCAGGAGCUUCAUUCUGUUGCUUCUUUAACUCCUGAUGUGCCCUCUCUCUUUAGCUCAACCCAAACGCAGUCUGAUGGUAAUGCCGCCCCAGAUUUGCUAAGGACUGCAAACCAAAAAGGACCUUCCCAAAUGGAUAUCUCAUUUGAUCCUUUAAUUUCUCAGUUCAAGGGGCCGACAGAAAAGGAUGACUUUGAACAUUUAGCUAAGGACAGAUUGAAGUCAGAGGAGGUGAAUGAAACAAUGAAUUUGGUUACACUCCCUGCUCUCUUCAUAGAAACAAAUAAUCAAGAGCCCUCUGGUGCAUUGGGUGGUUUAAAGUCUGAUACAAACUACCCAACUGUUUUAGGACAAACUGCUUCAGCAAGUAAUGCAGAGACAUUUAAGGAAACUUCUUCUUACACGCCUCAAGUUUCAGGAAGUGAUGUUAAUUAUAUUAUCUCUAGUUCUAACAAGCCUGACCCCACUGCUAAUGGGGCGCAUGUCUUCCUAGAAUUUGAUCUCAAUUCAUCUGAAAUUUCCUUGCCUGAAAAUUCCAGUUUAGAGUUUUCUGAACUGAAUACACUUGCAUGCCCUUAUCCUGCACUGUCACCUACCUCCAAGAAUGAAGACGGUGCCGAUGACACAACUCUUGAUGACCACCCAAAAAACCAAAAAAGAUGUCUCACAGUCAUCAGUAUCAAAAACAGACACUGUUGAA